UUUGGCUCUUUUACUUUGCACACUGUCAAAUUAAAAGGUAUCGUUUUCGCCGUACCAUGGUUGGUUUGUAUACCAUCUACCUUUCUCCAUUUCUCAGUUUCUCACUUAUAUCAACAGUGCCGGGGUGGAGAGAGAAGAGAGAGAAUGACGGGGGUGGUGUCAACCGGUUUUUUUAGCUUAGAUUUGGUGUGAUGCAUUUGAAAAGUCAGGGUGGUGUGUGAAUAUGACCGAGAUAAUAUACUUAUGAGAGAAGUUUUUGUAUCUGUUGUUGUCCUUUUUUAUAUUUGUGUGAAAAGAUUCUCAAUCUUUGUUUUUUAUUCUUUUUUUCCUGAGGGACGUUUUGGCUUAGACUUCUUUGGAUUUUCUUCUUGCUGGGGUCUUUUUCAAAAUUCUCUAUACUGACAAAGAAUCGGUCAAGUGUGAAAUAUAGAAAAACAAGGGUUCUCCUUCUCAUGUCACUGUUUUGUGUUAUUUCUGCUGUUGGGGUUGCAGACAUGAUAUGCAGGUGUGAACCUUGGAUCAGAAAGGAAGGGGAUUUUUCUUUGUCUUCUUCCUCUUUCCAUCUGUUUUAGGAUAGCCUUUUGGCUUUCUGCUGGAGAGAGAAAGGGGUGUCGACAAGGAAACAACUUUUUGGCCUUGUCUACUUUUUCACAAAAAAAAAAAAAUUCAAUCUUGUCAGUGCUUAGCUCAAUCUGGUUUAAAGGUCAAAAAGUUAAGCGUAAUAAGGAGUCAAAAAACUGAAAAAGCUUCUUGACAAAAGUGAUAGUGACAAUUUCGGGUAUAAAAUAGAAACAAAAGGAGAGAAGAACAUGAGAGUCAGCGUGGGAGGGAUAGAAGCACAGAAUUUUUUGGGAGAUAAAAGGUAGAGGGUCAGUCCAAUUUUUUAAAACCUUUUGUGGGGAUUGAGCCUUGAGGGUAAGCAGUUGGGGUGCAAGAGUUGUUGUGACUGAUAAUUAUUUCUCAAUCCAUUUCCUCUUCAAUGCAAAAUUCAUCUUCCUUCUCCUACUCAAAUCAAAGGAAAAUGGAGGGCCCCAGUGAGAUGGGUCUCAUUGGGGAAAAUUUUGAUGCUGGUUUGAUGGGGAGGAUGAGGGAUGAUGAGUAUGAAAGCCGCUCUGGAAGUGAUAACUUCGAUGGUGUAUCUGGUGAUGAUCAAGACGGUGGUGAUGAUCAGCCACAGAGGAAGAAAAGAUACCACAGACAUACUCCUCACCAAAUUCAAGAGCUUGAGUCUUUCUUCAAGGAGUGUCCUCAUCCUGAUGAGAAGCAAAGGUUGGAUCUCAGUAAGAGGCUUGGGUUGGAGAAUAAGCAAGUCAAGUUCUGGUUUCAGAACCGACGAACCCAAAUGAAGACCCAACUGGAACGCCACGAGAACAUAAUGCUUAGGCAGGAGAAUGAUAAGCUCAGAGCUGAGAACAGUCUGAUGAAGGAAGCAAUGUCAAAUCCAGUGUGUAACAGCUGCGGUGGGCCAGCGAUUCCUGGCCAAAUUUCAUUUGAGGAGCACCAGAUUAGAAUUGAGAAUGCUCGACUAAAAGAUGAGUUGAACCGUAUAUGUGCCUUAGCAAACAAGUUCCUUGGCAAGCCAAUUUCAUCAAUGACCAGUCCCAUGGCUCUACCAACCUCAAAUUCUGGUCUGGAACUUGGUAUUGGAAGGAGUGGGCUUGGUGGUUCAAGCACUCUCGGCACUCCCUUACCAAUGGGACUUGACUUGGGAGAUGGAGUAUUGGGCACUCAAACUGCAAUGCCUGGGAUUAGACCAUCAUUGGGGUUGAUGGGAAACGAAGUUCAGCUUGAGAGAUCUAUGCUUAUAGAUCUUGCGUUGGCUGCUAUGGAGGAAUUGCUAAAGAUGACUCAGGCAGAGAGCCCUCUUUGGAUCAAGAGUUUGGAUGGUGAGAAGGAAGUGUUUAAUCAUGAGGAGUAUGCAAGGUCGUUUUCUCCUUGUAUUGGUCCAAAACCCAAUGGUUAUGUAACUGAAGCUACAAGAGAAACUGGGAUAGUAAUCAUCAACAGUUUAGCCCUUGUGGAGACUUUGAUGGACGCGAAUCGAUGGGCAGAGAUGUUUCCUUCUAUGAUUGCUAGAGCCAUCAACCUCGAUGUUAUAUCCAAUGGCAUGGGUGGAACAAGAAAUGGUGCUCUACAAGUGAUGCAUGCUGAGGUACAAUUGCUUUCACCACUAGUCCCCGUUCGCCAAGUGAGAUUCAUCCGGUUCUGUAAGCAACAUGCAGAAGGUGUAUGGGCUGUGGUUGAUGUUUCUAUUGAUGUUGGUCACGAUGCUGCUAAUGCACAGCCAUUCAUGAGCUGUAGGAGGCUUCCUUCUGGCUGUAUUGUGCAGGAUAUGCCCAAUGGUUACUCCAAGGUUACUUGGCUUGAGCAUUGGGAGUAUGAUGAGAGUGGUGUUCACCAACUUUAUCGCCCAUUGCUUAGUUCUGGUGUUGGAUUUGGUGCUCAUAGAUGGAUCGCCACUCUCCAGAGGCAGUGUGAAUGCUUGGCUAUCCUCAUGUCGUCUUCCAUUUCAAGUGAUGAUCACACAGCAUUGAGCCAAGCUGGUCGGAGGAGCAUGUUGAAAUUGGCACAACGCAUGACUAGUAACUUCUGUUCGGGGGUUUGUGCUUCGUCUGCUCGCAAGUGGGACAUGCUUCACAUUGGGACUCUUGGUGAUGACAUGAAGGUGAUGACUAGGAAAAACGUGGAUGACCCUGGUGAGCCUCCGGGGAUCGUACUCAGUGCUGCAACUUCUGUUUGGAUGCCAGUGUCACGGCAAAGGGUGUUUGAUUUUCUGCGUGAUGAACGGCUGAGAAGUGAGUGGGACAUCUUGUCCAAUGGUGGACCGAUGCAGGAGAUGGUACAUAUUGCCAAAGGACAAGGACAUGGAAACUGUGUUUCUCUUCUCCGUGCCAACGCUGUUAAUGCGAACGAUAGCAGCAUGCUGAUUCUGCAAGAGACAUGGAUGGACGCGUCGUGCUCGGUGGUGGUAUAUGCGCCAGUUGACGUGCAAUCACUGAACGUGGUAAUGAGUGGGGGAGAUUCUGCAUACGUUGCACUCUUGCCUUCAGGCUUCGCCAUUGUCCCCGAUGGUCACUGCAACAACAGCAGCAGCAGUUGCAAUGGGACAAUGCAGAAGGGUGGAGGAGGUGAAGAGAGCGGCGGAAGCCUUCUGACGGUGGGGUUCCAAAUUCUGGUGAACAGUCUCCCAACAGCAAAGCUGACAGUAGAGUCAGUGGACACUGUGAAUAACCUGAUUUCGUGCACCAUUCAGAAGAUCAAAGGUGCUCUGAGAGUUGCGUAAAGAUGAGAAGAGAAGAGAAACAUUUUGCGAAUGGAAGUUAAGUUACCUUUUACCUUAUUAUUUUUUUGUUCUGUGGAGAGGGAGGGGUUAUAUUAUUUAUAUUUAUAUUUGGUUGGGUGUAUAGGAUUUAAAUUAUAUAGAGUAGUAGUGGAAGAGGCUGAGGCAGAAAGGGUCGCGCAAGGAAGGUUUCGAGUCAAGAACGAACCGCCAUGGAGGAACUUCAUUCUGCUGCUUUUGCAUGCACUGCACUAACCGCUGUGCGUUUUCUGCUCAUAGUGGUUCGGGUAUUGACUCGUUGACCUGCGAGUUAGUCUCACCAUCUUCUUUCCAUAAAAAAAAAAAUAUAUCUGCGUGUUUCUAUUUUGUUAUUACCAGUGUCCUCCCAUAUACACUUGCAAAUUGCUGAACUAAUCUAUUUUACUUCGGAAUGCAUUUUCACAUUUUCAUA